GCUGGUGCUGGUCCUGUUAGUUAGUAUUACUUCCAUCAUCCGGACCUCCCAGUGUUAGUUUUACUACUGUAGCCGGUGGUUGUUGUGAUGUCAGACUACAUUGAACUGCUUCAACUGGAAGUUAACAAGAAUCCAGACAGGCUGCUGGACGUGGGGAACGAGGAGGACCCGGAGGAGGCCCCUCCUCCCUGCAGGGCCCUCCCCCCACCCUGCUCCAUCCCCCGGAGGCUGGUGGUUUCCCCAGGCCUCGGAGGGACGCCGGUCACCCCCCAGCUCACUGAGAGCCUGAGGCGGAUUUUGUUUGGUAGAACUUUUCACGUCUUUAACUACGAGUGGAGAAAAUCCUCCUUUGUGUUCAGGGACCCAAACUCGGACUUGUCCUAUGCCCUCGAGACGGACAGGGGUGGAGCCGGGCCCAUCCAGAUGGUGGUCCAGGCCCGAGUCAUCAAACACCUGCUGUUCAUGCAUCAGAACAGCUUGGAGAGACGAACCCUGCACAGCCUCAGCGCGGUCGGACAGGAGCAGCAGGAGCGGGCGCUGGCGGCGGCGCUGUCCGACUGCCUCUGGUCGGCCGGACAGGAGCUCAGUGCUACGGUGGCUUUGGUGGCGGAGAACUACUGCAUCACUCCUCCCCUGGACUACAAGCUGGACAACUUCACGGAGAAGUUGCAGCUGUUUACGUUUAACAGGAAAGAGGAUGUCAGGAAGUUCGUCUUGGAUCACAUUCAGUGUUUUAAAGAGGAGGGAGGUCACGGAGUCAUCCUGUUCCUCUACAGCCUCAUCUGCUCCCGGACCGUCGACAGGCUGAAGGAGGAUCUGGACUCCAGCACCCACCACCUGCUGCACCUCAGUCUGGGCAACUUCAUCUGUCGUCAGGCUCUGCUGAACCUGCUGCUCACAGGCAGAGCCUGUCCUCACGUCUUCAACGGGGCGGUGCACGUAGAGGAGCGGCCACCGGCAGAGCGCCCCCUGCAGGGCGUCCUGUGUCGCAGCGACGUGGGGUAUCUGCACUGGAGUCGGGAGCAGAUGGAGAGAGACACGCUGCCACAGGUGGGCAGCAUGCUGAAGACCCCCAGGUUCCCCAUCUGGGUCUGCUGCAUCAACGGCAGCUGCUCGGUGUUGUUCAGCCUCAACCGAAUGCUGCUGUCCGACUGGAAGAUGGAGCAUCUGUUCUACCUCUACUACUACAACGGGCAGAGCUCGCAGAGGUCCACGGUCAGACUGACUGUCGGUGAGGACCGGGACCGGCCAGGUUGGGUCGGGGUUCAGUCUUAUCCGCUAUUUGCCUCUUCUGUUUUGUGUGCAGACACACACUCCCACCACUGGGAGGCGUCAUCCACAGACACUGAGGGAGAUCCAGAGAAGAGGUUCCCCUCACUGGAAAUGACCAUCAGGACCAAAUGGGCCGGCGCUGCCAUCACGUGGAACGACACCUUGCCUUUCUACUGAACAUUUUGGUUCCAGAAGGACCAAGACUGAGCUGCAAACUGGGUCACAUGGUUUGUUCUGGUCCAAACUGUGUCUGAAUGCUCCGCUUCUGCUCCCUCGUGAUUACAAAUAAAAAGGUUCUGAUUCUUCAGUG